GCCAGAGAUUUCUUCGGACUGAAACUGCCUCAGUGAUUUAACCGGAAAGUAGGAGGACUGAUUGGCUGCCUGACAUGUCCAACAUGGACCCGACAGUUCCUCAAUCCGCGACCGCGGAGACCACUCAAGCUCCGUCGGAGGUUGAUCUCCCCAAGCGCGAUGCUGCCAACGGUAGCCCUGCUGCCGAAGAGCCCCCCUCCAAGAAGGCUCGCAUUGAUGAGCCAGAGAAGUCUGAAGAUGAACGCGAUUCUCGGCGCAACAGGGGUAUUGCGCCCAUCAAGGCAGAAUACCUGAUCAACUCCACACCUAAGCCGGUUCCCGAUACCAACACCGACGAUGCAGCCGAGGCUGCUUCUCACACCGAGCGUGACGACGACAAGAAGAAGGGGAAAAAGAAGCCCAAGGGUCAGAACACCAAUCGAAGCUUUGGUAGCUCAAAAGACGCCAAGGGCUUGUGCGCCUCAAGAAUGUUCAGCCCAGAGUUCUCGCCUGAAGAGUGCCAAUUCGGUGAGAAAUGCAGAUUUGAACACGACUUGCGACUAUAUCUGAAGGAGCACAAGCGGGAGGACCUUACCACAUUCAAUGGGAUCUGUCCCGUCCACGAGGCACGUGGUACCUGUUAUGCUGGCUGGCGAUGCCGCUUGGUUGGAUCGCAUUCGAUGGAGAGAGAGACGGCAGAUGGAACGAAGGAGCUCAUUCUGCUGGAGGAUGAGGAGCGCAAAGCGAAGGCUAAGCCCCUUGUGCCUUUCGCUACUCGGGAAGGACUCGUCAACAUUAUCUCCUACGAAGACAAAGUCGCGUUGUCGCGAAAGCGGGAGCACACUCCUCGUGCCAAUCAAUACAAUGAUUGGCUGAACAAGGUGUCCCAGGAGCUGGAGAAAGAGUUGCACGGUCGAUUGAAGAACGAGGCAAUUGUUCCAAAGAGUGAAGAGACCCCUCAGACUAAUGGUGAUGCCGAGAAGGCCAAGGAGGAACUGGAAGAUAACCGGGCCCAAUUUACGGAGCCCCCAUUCUUGGCCUCAGAAAAGAGGCGCAUCUACUUUGGGCCGGAGACUCCAGCACUUGCACCUCUGACAACACAGGGUAAUCUCCCAUUCCGCAGACUUUGCGGAGACCUAGGUGCUCAAUUCACCUAUUCCGAAAUGGCUCUUAGCAUGCCUUUGAUUCAAGGCAACAAGUCUGAAUGGACCUUGAUCAAAGGCCACGAGUCUGAAAUGCUCCCCCCAACCAUCACUCCAGGACCGAACGUGGUGCAAGGAUAUGACAACUCCAAAGAUUUCAGAUACGGUGCCCAGAUCACGGCCAACAAACCGUUCCAGGCACUCAAGGCCACAGAGGUGCUCUCCAAGUACACACCGAACUUGCGCGUCAUUGAUUUGAACUGCGGCUGCCCCAUUGAGCUGGUCUAUCGCGACGGAGCCGGCUCCGCGCUCCUGGACCACCCCUCCAAAUUGGAGAAGAUCAUCCGUGGCAUGAACGCAGUGUCUCAAGAGAUUCCCAUUACAGUGAAGAUUCGUAUGGGAACCAGAGACAAUCAGCCCAAUGCGUUGAAACUCGUUGAACGCCUGGUCCUAGGUGGCUACGAGUCCAGCCUUCUGGAUGUUGGCCCCCCUGGCGCUGCCGCCAUCACCCUCCACGGACGAAGCAGACAGCAACGGUAUACUAAGCAAGCCGACUGGGGUUACAUUGCCGAGACCGCUGCUCUCAUCAAGCGUCUCAAUGAGAAGACUGACGAUCUCACGGACACCAUUCGCGAAGCCGAUCCUCGCUACUUGCCGAACGGUGGCAGGACCUACUUCCUUGGAAAUGGCGAUUGUUUCUCUCACGUGGACUACGACGAUCACAUCAAAAACGCCGGUGUUGAUGCAGUCAUGGUGGCUCGUGGCGCUUUGAUCAAGCCGUGGAUUUUCGAGGAGAUUCAGACUGGCCAGUAUCUGGACAAAUCUGCGUCUGAGCGUCUUGCUUACAUCGAGAAAUUCGCCAAGUACGGUCUCGAGGCUUGGGGCUCUGAUGAAUUUGGUAUCGGCACAACCCGCAGAUUCUUGUUGGAGUGGUUGAGCUUUGCCUACCGCUACGUUCCCCUUGGUCUGCUCGAAUACCUUCCCCCGCAUAUCAACGACAGACCUCCUGCCUGGCGCGGCCGAAAUGACUUGGAGACCCUGAUGGGUAGUGGCAACUACAAGGAUUGGAUUAAGAUCACUGAGAUGUUCCUCGGCCCUGCACACAAGGACUUCAAGUUCGAGCCCAAGCACAAGUCCAACUCCUACGAGGCUGAGGGUUAAUUUUGGUGUUCUCGUAGAAUCCGCAUGCCAUAAUUCAUGGUCUUAAGUUGUACAUACAUAGCAUAGAGAAUAAAACAUAAGCA